AUGCGUCUCUUCUUGAUCCGUCAUGGCGAGACAGUGGACAAUGUCGCACAAGUCUACGCUGGCUCGCGCGACUCGGCACUGACCGCCCAUGGCGUCCUCCAAACCCGUCGGUUGGCCACGCACCUUGCAGGCAGCUCGUCCUCCGCAGCACGAGUCUUUUCCUCGGACCUGCAGCGCGCCGUCAAAACGGCUCAGGCCAUCUGUGACGCGCGUGCCAGCGGUGAAGAGCCUCUGCAGCUGCCUCAGCUUCGCGAGAAACAUUUUGGCACAGGCGAGGGUGCAAGCUUUAGCGCAGGCAGGGACCAUUCCCAUGAAGGCGCGGAGUCGUCCGAGGACAUGCGCGAGCGCGUCGACGUGUUUCUGCAGGAGCACUUGCUCCCCCUCGUCUCCUCUUCAGAUCAUGUAUACGUCGUCGCUCACGGUAUCAUCCUUGGCGUCUUGUUAAAGCAUUUGUGUCAGCAGCUUUCGCAGGCCUCCAUGAGUUUUGCUCCAGAGGCCCAACGCAUUGCCGGUCCGAGCAGCCUAUUGCUGCCGACCUGGAGCAACACGGGCUUCCUGGAGGCCCACGUGAUAUCAACAGAUACCAAGUGGUCCAGCACGAAGCUUCACAUCCUCCGAGUCAACAGUGUCGAUCACCUUCAAGGCCUCCGCAAGACGCGAGGUGGCAUCGGCAGCGCCCGCUUCGACGACAAGCAGAAGACGCUCAUGUCCUUCUUCCCACCAAAGAAGCGGAAGCGUGCCGAUGCCGACAAUUGA